UCGAGUUCUCACACGCUUUAGUAUUAGAGAGAGAUUGGGAGGGAGACGAAGUUCUCGUGGAUUAGAGAAGAGUUAGGGUUUUGAGAUUGAUUGAAGAUGGCUUCGUACGUGCUGGGGAAGAUGAAGACAUUGAAGAGGAAGGAAGUGGACGACGUCUCUGACGACUUCUCCGAGUUCUCGCUCUUGUCUCCUUCGAUUAAGAUGAGGAGGCUGGAUGUGGAGCGUCCUUCGGUUAUGCAAGAAGAGCCUGCUGUUCCUUUGGUAUCUCAGCAACAAUUGCUGAGUGAGCAAAUAGGCAGCGCAGCACCAGAAGUAGAUGCUGUGGUUGAGGAUGUACCUCUGAUUCCUGUGAACGAAGAGAGGGCUAUUGUUUUGUAUAAGCCUAUUGAUACUCCAUUAUACUUGUCUCCAAGUUCUUCAAAUGCUUCAUUUACAGUCAGCUCAGACAUGCUGCCCGGCCUCAAGAAUCAAGCAUUUUUAUGCCAGAAUUCUAAUCUCAGUGUGAGCAACUUAUUGAUAAAUUGCAAAGAGGCUGCUAAUGACGCCUUGGCUAUGGUACCUUGGGUGCCAACCCAGGCCACUGCAACCUCAUGGUCUCAAGUUGAGGGAUCAAGCAGCAGUGUAUCAAUUGAGCCAAUGGAAGCCGAGGAAGAAUGUGCCUCAAUGGAAUUGGAAGAAGAGAGUGAGCAAGCAUCCAGUUCUGGAACUGGAGCUGGGGUUUUCCAACAAUGGCAACGACAACACUGUAUGAUGCCUGAAAUCCCAACAGCAACUACCACCACCGCCACUACUCCAGUCAUGUGGUAAUGGUGACCAGAAGUGAUUUCUCUGGUGAAAGAUACAAUAUAAGUGAGAAAGGCAGUCAAAAAGUUAGUUUUUGUAUCAUGUUUUGGAUCUCUGUCCAUUGUCAUCUUAUGCUCAAUUCUUAUGUGGAUUCCUUGCAGAGAACUUGGAAUCUAAUACGAAACUCCUUUUGUAAAUGAAGUAGCCACUGGUUCAAUGGAAGAGAAAAUGGAUGGAUGUUUGGAGAUUGUUUCUUUUUA